GGGCGGUACCACGGCGGCUGCGACAUGGGGGGGCGCGGAGCAGACGCCGGAAGUAGAGGUGGUACGGGUCCCACAGAGGGGUACUCACCGCCGGCAGCUUCCACCGGAGCCGCGGUGAGAGCCAAGGCCCGAGGGUGUGGGCGUGGCGGCCGCCGGAACACAACGCCCUCUGUUCUCUCUCUUCGCGGAGCGGCGCCGCGUCGCUCGCCUCCAUCAGCUAACAUGAGCGAGCGCCUCCGCCCCAGGAAAAGGAGAAGGAAUGGCAGUGAAGAAGACCACCAUCUCCCCCCACAGACCAAAAGGAGUAGUAGAAACCCUGUCUUUCACGAUUCCUGGGACACAGAGUCUUCAGGCAGUGACAGCGGCGGCAGCAGCGGCGGCAGCACCAGCAGCAUCAACAGCCCGGAGCGGGCCAGCGGGCCAGAGAGCGGCUCGAGCCACCCCACCGCCCGGUCCAGCCCCCGCGGCCCGCAGCCCGCGCCCGCGCCCUCCGCGCUGUGCCAAAGCCCGUACUUCCACAUCAACCAGACCCUGAAGGAGGCCCACUUUCACAGCCUGCAGCACCGAGGGCGGCCUCCCACAUGAUGUGCCGGCACUUUCUUGCCUUCUGUGAAGGGACCGCGCUGCGCAGAUUUGAUAUUUCACCUUAGCGAUGUUUUAAAAAAAUUGCACAGAAAGAUGCCUGUUGGCCUUUCAGUCUAUAUUUGAAAUAACAGGUUAACAGGCCGUUGUUUACUCGUGGUUUUGCUGCACUAUUGCGAUUUCAAAGGGGCUUUGAAGCAGUUUUUUAUAGGAUUCUUUGGAGGGUGGGUAUCAAAUCCAGGGCAGGUCAGCAGUAGGAGGAAAUCUCAUCUGCGUGUUGAAUCCAUAGUUUGUCCAAGUCAGACUGAUUUCCAGAUCUGUCACUUAGAAAUUCUACUUUCUGUAAAAAGGCCUUUUCGUUUUGCAGGAUCUUCAAUUUUUUAAAUUCAAUAAACUAGUAAAGAGUAUCUACUUUCCAUGAAAAAA